AAUAUACAUACACAGACCCCCGUAUAUAAAACCCAAAACAGGGUGAACUACUUUCUUCCUCUUAUUCCUUUCUCUUUGCAUAACAAUAGUAACACUCUCUCUGAGAACAAACACUAACAAUUUAGCGAAUGUCGGUGGCGACGAUAUCUGCAGAGAUAGUUGAGAUGGAAACGCUCCGUCGGCGGAACGCGGAGCUGGAGAGGGAGGUGAGGGAGGGGCGGGAGCGGGAGGCGUCGGCUCGGCGGGAGCUGGAGCGCUGGGCGGCGCGUCUGCGCGUGGCGGAAGACGCAGAGGAGCGGCUCGCUGUGGAGCUCGGCGAGGCCGAGGCGGAGGCGGUCGAGCAGGCGCGCGAGUACCUCGCGCGCAUCCGGGAGCUCUCCGACCGCCUCGACGCCGCUCGACGCGUCCUCGCCGCCGCCGGAUACGACCUCGCCCUCGCCCCGGCCCUCAAUAUCUAAAUUCAAAUACAAAAAUUAAUAUCUAAUACAUAUGUGAAUCAUUCAGAAUUUUAAAAAUGUUUUAUAUAUUUCUGAAUGAUCAAAUAUUUCUUUUUGACGCUUCUCUGAAUAAUGAAUGGCCUUUCUUUUUUAUAUGAUUUAUGUGGAUGUGUAUAUAUUCGAGUGAUGUUUCUCUAUUCAUGAUAUAUAAAUAUAUAUAUUUUUAUUUUUUUAAA